AUGAAAUCGAUGUUAGUCCGGAAAAUAUUACUGAUUCUCAUAGUUCCGUCCUUGGCUCAAGCUCUAGGAUGGGCAGGCUGGUCAUCGUGGACCUCCUGCUCUCGAAGUUGUGGCGGAGGAGUUUCUCAGCAGCUUCGCAGAUGUUUGGAUGAGAAGUGUUCGGGACACUCAGUUCGUUAUAGAGUUUGCAAUGUUGCUGAUUGUUAUAAACCCAGUCGAGCUGAGCGAGACACAGUUUGUAGUGGACAAAUAAUUUUAUCUCGUCAACAGUGUGAAGUCGUUUGUCGUUCAAGAAAUACGGGCACGAGCUUUUUAUGGCGGGUAACUGAUGGGACUCCCUGUCAGGCAGCUUCGAGUCGUGCAGUUUGUAGUCAAGGAUCAUGUCAGGUUGUUGGGUGUGAUGAUGUAAUAGGAUCUUCACUUCGAUUCGAUGCUUGUGGUGUUUGUGGAGGUCGCGGGGAUACUUGUGACAGUGCUCAAUUUGUUUGGAAAGAAUCUGGUGAAUUCACACCAUGUGCUGGAUCAUGUGGAGAUGCAGCCGCUAGCUUUCAUAACGGGAGAGAUAUUCGAGAAUCACAUUCCAUAACUGUUUGUGUGAACUCAAAUACAGGACGUGUAGUACCAGAACGGCUUUGUGCUGAUCGGAAAAAACCCAUUUCUAUCACAAGACCCUGUCCUCCGUUGAUAUGUCCUAGCAAUUGGCUAUCGUCCGAUUGGACAGAAUGUUCACCGGCGUGUGGUAGUGGUCGAAGAACUCGAUCGGUUUAUUGCGUACAUCAAACUACAACUCACUCUGUCAGUGUUCCGGAUAGCUUCUGUCAAAAUCAAACAAAACCAACCUCGGAGGAAGUUUGUUCCACAGAAACUUGUGGAAGAUGGGAAACGGGACGUUGGAGUCGAUGUUCCGCCAGUUGUGGUCAGGGGAUUCGUCGUCGAACGGUGGAGUGCGUUGGAGGUACUGACUGUUCUGUACUUCUCCGGCCUCCCUCUGAAACACAGUGCUAUACAGGAAUCCCGUGUCAUAUAGGGCCUAACAUACAUGAACCGCAAGCUUGGGUGUCUCAGGAACAGAACUUGGAUUGGAAUGACCGACGAUAUCUGGAUGGAACUUCGUUCAAUCCAAUGGAGCAGAACUCCCAUGGACCGAGGAUAAUACCUGGUCCGUGGUCCGCUUGCUCAGCAACAUGUGGACCUGGAGUUGAAAGCAGAGCCGCCGAAUGCAUGGCUCUUCAUCCAAUUACUGCUAACCUCAUCAAAUUACCCAUGUCGGAAUGUGCUUCUCUCACUCAACCUCUAUUAUUCCAACCAUGCGAGGUACGAGCAUGUCCGCUACAAGAGGAUUCUAAAGUAAUGACGGAUACAUCACCAUUCAAAUGGGAACAUGGUGAAUGGACACAGUGUUCAGCCUCUUGUUUGGGAGGAAAGCAAAAAGCUGCAUUGAAAUGCAUAGCUACAGCAACUGGGCGUCCAGUUGCUUGGUCUCAAUGCGAUGCCCGCACAAGACCCCCUGAGAAGGUUCGUGCUUGCAACCAGCAAGCAUGUCCUCCUAUGUGGCAGGUUGGUCCUUUCGAUUCUUGUUCAACCAGUUGUGGUGGAGGCACUAGUAGCCGUUCAGUAAAAUGUGUAAGACCAGUUAGCAGAAGUGGAGGGGCCGAUGCUCAUAUAGUUCUAGCAGAUUCUGACUGCUCAUUACCAAAGCCAGCAGAAGCCCAAGAGUGUGCAGCUUCAGCUUGUCCCCCAACUUGGAUUACAGGAGAAUGGACUGAGUGUUCAGCUUCUUGCGGAUCGGGCGAGCAACGUCGUCGAGUAUCUUGUGAAGGAAGAGAUGGCCGAGGACGCCGUCAAAGACGAACAGAGAAAGAAUGUCCAGGAGAAAAGCCGAUUUCCAUUCAAAUGUGCAGUUUGGGUUCGUGUGAAAAGCCGCAAUUAUACAGCAAUCGAGUAUUUGAACAAAAUGCUUCGGAAAAAAAACUUACUCUCGGAAUCGGAGGCGUUGCAACUUUGUUCCAAGGCACUAGUAUCAAAAUCAAAUGUCCUCGUAAAAACUUCGACAAAAAACGAAUUUACUGGACUAAAAAUGGGAAGAAAAUUCGCAAUGAUGCCCACAUUAAAGUUUCCUCCAACGGAAAUCUACGUAUUUUCCAUGCACGUCUGGAAGAUGCUGGUGUUUAUGAAUGUUUCACUGAUUCUCUACAAGGAAAUGUCACUCUGCGUUUCAAAUACCGCGAUGAGAAAGAGCAUGUUUUGUCUCCUUCUGAAAUGAUGAGACCUCAGACAGUCAGCAAGCCUUCCACUGUUAAUACAUCAAUCAUCGAAGCUUUGUUAGCUGCCAGUAGUGACGCGGAUGUGACCUCAGAACUUCAAAAGCAUCGAGACAUCAUUCAAGCAGAAUGGGAUAUCGGACAUUGGGCAGACUGUAAGCAAACGACUUGCUCAGUUGCUGGAUAUCAAGCCCGUGAAGUUCGGUGCACAGUUUCUAUUGAUAAAGGAAGUCGCAAAAAAGCCGACGAGAGCAUCUGUAUCGCUCUAGUCUCCAAUAGACCCCCCGAAACACGUCCGUGCCAUCGAGAAAAUUGUCCACGCUGGGAAGCGGAAGAUUGGACUGAGUGCGCACAGUCCAAAUGUCUCCGUGAUGGUAUCGCUCUUCAAAAACGCAAUGUUCAAUGUGCUCUUAUGAAUGGAACCGAAGUAGAUCCUGAAAGAUGCGAUAGAAUAUCUAAGCCAAAAACUAAGAGAGAAUGUCCAAGCUCUGCAUGCAAAGCAGAAUGGAGAACUUCUGAUUGGAGACCGUGUUCCUCUACUUGUGGUACAGGUGGUGUUCAACUAAGAAUGCUUUCAUGCAUGUGGUCGGUUUCUGGCAAGCCAGCCGGAAGAAACUGUGAAGGCUCGCGUCGCCCAUCCGCCGCGAGAGCCUGUCCUUUCCAAGACCUACCCGCAUGUUCACCUGAAGCUUUAGCUUUGCAGCAAGAUGAAACUUGCGAUGAUCAAUCCCGGUAUUGCGAUAUCAUUAAAUUAUUCCAAUCUUGCGACACAAAGGAAGUUCGCGAGCGAUGCUGUGCCACUUGCCGUUAUAUGGAGACGAAACGUCGCAUCUAG